GCAACGCUCUCUUAAGGCUCGCUGACAACGGUUUUUGUUUGCUUGUGCUUGCUAUUUCACAAAUGCGUGAAAUAGACAAUGUGUUUUCUUUCAUCUUUCCUAAAACUGUCAGCAUCUGAAGCAGGCUUACUGCUCUGAAAUCAUGAAUAUCGAAUCAAUUGAUGUACGAAACGAAACCACUUAAGUAUAGCUGCAGGGGAGUUAUUACCAUUGGCGAUUAAUCGUAAAUUAAAUAGACUAAAAGGGAGAAAGGGGGAAAUUUGCAGUGCUCUGAAAUUAAAUUGUUCGUUACACCAACAUGGUAAUCAGAGAUGUGGCCGAUAACCGUCGAUGUGGUGUUCUUGAUCAAGAUUUAGGCAAACAAGUCGCUAUGUCAGCUGGAUUUUUGAUGCCCGUGAGCAUUGUUGAUGCUCAUCAGCUGUCAUCAGUAAUCCGAAACAGGAUUGAGAAUGUACUGAUCAUCGACAGUCGUUCAUUCAUCGAGCACAAUGCUUGUCAUAUAUCUUCAGCUGUCAAUGUGUGCUGCUCCAAAAUUGUAAAGAGGCGGUUGCAGCAAGAUAAAUUGUCAGUUAAAGAACUGCUGAUGCAUACUUGUCAUUAUGAUGUGGAUGAAAAAAUGGAUGUGGUUGUUUAUGAUCAGUCAUCAAGAAAUGCAGAAAAUUUACCCAUUGAUAGUUUCACCGUCAUUCUCUUGAAGAAAUUACAGCUAACUUUUCGGAGUGUCAACUUGUUAACAGGUGGUUUUGAAGAGUUUCAAAAGCACUAUCCUGAUCUUUGUGAGGACAAAACAAGAAAAUGCCCACCUCUUACAUCCCUUUCCCAACCAUGCUUGCCUAUAUCAAAUCAAGGACCAACUCGAAUAUUACCUUUCUUAUAUUUAGGCUCUCAGUUUGAUGCAAUGAACAGAGAACUUUUAAAAGAUCAUAAUAUAACUUAUGAAUUAAAUGUGAGUACUACCUGUCCUCAGCCAGAAUUUGUUCCAGAAGGCCAUUUUAUGCGAAUUCCUGUUAAUGAUACGUAUAGUGAGAAACUUCUUCCUUACUUCCCAGAAGCAUUUAAUUUUCUAGACAAAGUUCGAGAAGGGAAUGGUUGUGUCUUAGUUCAUUGCUUGGCAGGAAUAUCAAGAUCUCCUACUGUUGCAAUAGCUUAUGUUAUGCGUUACCUAAGACUUUCAUCUGAUGAUGGGUAUAGGUAUGUAAAAUCAAAGCGUCCUACUAUAUCACCAAACUUCAAUUUCCUUGGGCAACUGCUAGAAUAUGAAAAGCAGCUAAGAAAAGAAAAUAUUUUAGAUGCUAAGCCUGAAGCAACAUCAGCACCUCCACUUUGCAGUAAAAAGCGAUUAUGUAGGACUGAUAUGCGUGCUUCUAAGCUAUCCUUAGAUAUUGAUACAUCUAAAAGUGAAAAUGCCAAUAUUUUUCUGCAGCCACGGAAUGGAGAUCAGUCUCCAACUACUGCUCUUGCAAGAUUAAGUUUUGAUGUCAAACAAGUGGGUGGUAAUAAGGAAGAAAUUAGCCAACCUUCUCUUCCUGACUUUAGGCAGUAUCGAAGUAAAAGUUGUUAUGGUGAUUGGCUUAGAGAACGUGAUGAUUGUGUUGUUGAAAAGAAAAGCAGAGACUGCAAUGUCACAACAACUUCUAAAGUUUUGUCUCCUGUUAAGGAAAUAAAAUGUGAUGCUUUAAUAUCUGAGAUUUCAACAGGUGAAAGUAAUAUAACUCUGAAUUCUCGAGGUGUGAAUAGGCAAAAAAUCAAAUCCUCUCACUCUGGUAGUGUGGAGAACUUUACAUCUUUUUCUGACAUUUCCUUUAAGCAUGGAAUAUGUUCAUCAAGUUCUGAAGAGAGAUUUUCAAUACAAACAUUAUCUCAUCAAACUUCUACUUCAGCAUCAAAAGGUCAUGAAUUUCCUAGGCUUAAAGAACAACAAAAAAUAAAAAUGAGAUCAAAUCAAUCUAAAUUUGUUGGUUCACAAAAUUUUCAGUCUGAAGUAACUGAAAAAAAUAAUCUUGGAGUAAAUCAGUUAUAUUUCAACAAAUUUUGUAAUAAACGUUCAUGCAACACAUCUCUGGAAAGAUUCAAAGAAUUAUCACCAAAAAAAGAGAAAACAGAGCCUCAUUUUGUGUUCUGUGAACACACUACACCUCAGUACAAAACAUCAUCUACUCGCCAUCCAUUUACAUUUAACUUAGACUCACACAGACGUUCAGAUUCCGCUGCAACAUCUGGAUUUGGAAGUGAAAGUUCAGACUGUACUGAUAACUUCACUGAACAUGGAAAGAAACCGGAGAAUUUGAAACUGGAGAUAGAUAUUAAUGAUUUAGAGGAUGAUGUAAUUUUAAGAGGAAAAGGAACACGAUCGCAAAGUUCCGUAGAUAAUUUGGGAGCUGACAGAAGAUUUUCGCCUUUAGAACUUCCAGAUGUUGCUGUAAGCGAAUGGCGAGAAAGUUUAGUAAGUCCUCUCAGCCCCUCAGAAAGUCAUUUGCUGGAGGAUUUGGAAAUGGAAAGAGAUAUAAUCACUACCAAAACAGAACCUUCCAGUCCAAGUGGUUCUAGUUACCCAUCUGAGGAUCCUGACACUUUUCAUGACUCAGGUAUACCACUAUCUCCUACAUGGCUGUGGCCUCGGAAAAGAGUAGCCAGUUUUGACACAACAUGCUUAAGUGGUACAGCUAGUUCACCUUCAAAAGACAAGCGGAAAUAUGAACCAUUUAAUGAGUCUGUGCUUUCUAAAAAAGAGAGGGAACAAUGGUUUUUUGAAUCUAAUUCAUGCAUUAAUGCAGGAAAGGACACCUGUGAAAUGUCUACUAGAUAUUGCUCUUCAUUAAGUGAUAAAAUAGGAUUAUAUAGAGUGCAAUCAUGUCCUGGUAUUUUGUGUCACAUGCCUUCAUUCUGGACAGCCGAUGGCCAGUCAAAAAGAUUAGCUGGAAAGAGUUCAUGUUUUGCAUCUGUAUAUACAGAAGCAGAACAGAAAGAAGUAAUGUGUCAUGAGUCGUGUCCAGAUGUUUUGCAUUUAGGUGAUAUUGAUAGCUCUUUGAAAAUGUUAUCCUGCCGUCAGCGGGAAUGUCGUCGAAAUGUGAGAAUGAUACAGGUCUCCUGAUUAUUUUUAUGUUCUUUACCCUAUUUCAUUCCGUUUAUCAUAAUGCAUAUCAAAAAGAGAUCUUUUACAGAAUUGUUCUGAAAUAAAUAUAUAAUUCAGUAGUGAGAAAUAUUUAGAAUUUUUACAUUUUCUACUAAAAAUAAAAGCUUUCUUCAUGUUUUUAA